ACAAGCAAACCCAUCCGUGUAAGCGCCUCGGUCUCCAUAUCCUUGCUACAUCUCCAUCAGUGUGCUAUAUAGGUAGCGGUGACAAUGUCGGCGAGCUCCACUCACAGCGACGAGAAGGGGAGUGUCGGGGAGACAGACUACGGUCACGACCCGGCCAGCGGAGGAAUUUUCUCCUCCGAUUAUAAGAGACAUGAUGACCUGAAGGAGAUGUUGGAUAGCAAUAAAGACUCUCUGAAGCUGGAAGCCAUGAAACGGAUUGUGGCUAUGAUUGCCCGGGGAAAGAACGCCUCCGACCUGUUUCCCGCUGUGGUGAAGAAUGUGGCCUGUAAGAACAUAGAGGUGAAGAAGCUGGUGUAUGUCUAUCUGGUGCGCUAUGCAGAGGAACAGCAGGACCUGGCUCUGCUCUCCAUCUCCACCUUCCAGAGGGGGUUAAAGGACCCGAACCAGCUGAUCCGUGCCAGUGCCCUGCGGGUCCUCUCCAGCAUCCGUGUCACCAUCAUCGUGCCCAUCAUGAUGCUGGCCAUCAAGGAGGCUGCGUCCGAUAUGUCCCCCUACGUACGCAAAACUGCUGCCCACGCCAUUCCCAAACUCUACAGCUUGGACCCAGACCAGAAGGACCAACUAAUCGAAGUCAUUGAGAAACUUCUCACUGACAAAACAACACUGGUAGCAGGCAGUGUGGUGAUGGCAUUUGAGGAGGUUUGCCCGGAGCGUAUCGACCUCAUCCAUAAGAACUACCGUAAGCUGUGCAACCUCCUGAUCGAUGUGGAAGAGUGGGGUCAGGUGGUGAUCAUCAACAUGCUGACACGCUACGCUCGGACCCAGUUCCUCAACCCUAACGCCAACGAGUCUCUGCUGGAAGAGAGUGGGGAGAAGGCCUUCUAUGGCUCGGAGGAUGAGGACGAGAAAGAUGAGGAGGUUGAGGCCGCCGCCCUGGCCAAUAGGAAGCCGUAUGUGAUGGACCCCGACCACAGGCUGUUGUUACGCAACACCAAGCCCCUGCUGCAGAGCCGCAACGCAGCUGUAGUCAUGGCUGUAGCUCAGCUGUAUUUCCAUCUUGCUCCCAAGGCCGAGGUGGGUGUCAUCGCCAAAGCCCUGGUGCGUCUGAUGAGGAGCCACAGUGAAGUCCAGUUUGUUGUUUUGCAGAAUGUAGCAACAAUGUCCAUCAAGCGAAGGGGCAUGUUCGAGCCCUAUCUGAAGAGUUUCUACGUCCGCUCCACAGACCCCACUCAAAUUAAAGUGCUCAAGUUGGAGGUAUUGACCAACUUGGCCAGUGAGACCAACAUUUCAACUAUCCUGAGAGAAUUUCAGACUUACAUUAAAAGCAUGGACAAGGACUUUGUUGCUGCCACUAUACAAGCCAUUGGCCGCUGUGCCACCACCAUUGGUGAGGUGAGGGACACCUGUCUAAAUGGCCUGGUCCAGCUUCUGUCCAACAGGGAUGAGCUAGUGGUGGCCGAGUCCGUCGUUGUGAUUAAGAAGCUUCUCCAGAUGCAGCCAGAGCAGCAUAGUGACAUCAUCAAACACAUGGCCAAACUCACCGACCACAUCCAGGUUCCCAUGGCAAGGGCUAGUAUCUUGUGGUUGAUUGGUGAGUACUGUGAGCACGUUCCUAAAAUUGCUCCAGACGUGUUGAGGAAAAUGGCCAAGUGCUUCACCAACGAAGAGGACAUCGUCAAACUGCAGAUCCUCAACCUGGCGGCCAAACUCUACCUGACCAACUCCAAGCAGACCAAGCUGCUCACUCAGUAUGUACUGAACCUGGCAAAGUACGACCAGAACUACGACACCAGAGAUCGCGCACGGUUCAUCCGCCAGCUCCUCCUGCCCAAUGAGAAGAGCGGCGCUCUCAGCAAAUACGCCAAGAAGCUGUUCCUGGCCCAAAAGCCUGCACCUGUGCUAGAGUCUCCAUUCAAAGACAGAGACCACUUCCAGCUGGGCUCUCUCUCUCACCUGCUCAACGCCAAAGUGGGUGGCUACCAGGAGCUGCCAGAGUGGCCUGACACUGCUCCAGACCCCUCCGUCCGGAACGUGGAGGUUCCAGAAUGGACCAAGAGCAGCGGUCGGGAGAAGAGGAAGGAGAAGAAGGUGGAGAAGCCAUUCUACUCAGACUCAGAGGGGGAGUCAGGACCAACGGAGUCGGCAGACAGCGAGUCAGACACGGGUAGUGGCUCAGAGAGCGAGAGUGGGAGUGGCAGUGAGGAGAGUGGCUUGGAGUCAGAGAGCGAGGAGAGUGAGGAGGAGUCUGAAGCAGAGAAGAAGAAGAAGAAGAAACAUGAGAAGGUUAAAGACAGCAAGCCCAGCAGUGCAGAGGAAAAGAGGGAAGCGAAGAAGGGCAAGGAGCAGAGGAGUGUGUCUGACACUGAGGAAGAAGAAGAGGAAGAGAGUGAGUCAGAGAGCAGCGAGUCAGAGUCAGAGUCUGAGUCUGAAUCAGAGCAGGAGUCAGAGUCUGACACAGAGACCAAGAGGAAAAAGAAGACCAGCACAUCCAAACCCCAAGCAAAGCAGCCCAAAAGUGAGGUGCAGGAGAUGUCUCUCCUGGAUCUGGAUGACUUUGCCCCUGCCCCAUCUCCCCAGGUCACCCCUGUCAGUAACAUCCUGCCCAGCAGCCUCGUGUCUGACCUAGAGGGGCUCUCACUCACAGACUCAUCGCUGACUCCCGCGACCAUUUGUCCCGCCUUUGGCUCGGUGAAGACCUAUGAGCUACUGCACCGCAUCACAGGGGAGGGGCUCAGCGUGGAGUACUGCUUCAGCCGACAGCCCUUUAGCCCAGACCCACACAUGGUGUCUGUACAGAUCCAGUUCACCAACAACUCUGACAGCGAAGCCAAGAACCUGCGCGUUCAGGAGCCCAAACUCCAGUCUGGCAUGAGGAUCAAAGAGUUCCCAGAGAUCGAGGUGUUGCCUGCAGGUGAGACGGUCACCAUUGUGAUGGGGAUUGAUUUCUGUGAUUCCACACAAGCAGCCAAUUUUCAGCUCUGCACUCAUACCAGAAAGUUCUUUGUGUCGAUCCAGCCCCCAGUGGGGGAGUUAAUGAUGCCCGUCUUCAUCACGGAGAACGAGUUCAAGAAGGAGCAAGGUCAGCUUAUGGGGAUGAACGAGAUCACAGAGAAGUUGACCCUGGGGCCAGAGUGCAGGAGUGACCACGUGCUUGCACAGAGGGUCACCUCCACCGCCAACCUCAGCCGGGUACCCUGCGGUUCUGAGAAGGAGUGCAGAUUUGCAGGGAGGACAGUGACCAGUGGCAGCCUGGUGCUGGUCACCGUGGUGACAGAGGAUGACUGCAUGGCCCAGCUGACUGUCAACUGUGAGAAGAUGGUGAUCGGUACUAUGCUGGUAAAGGAUGUGCUCCAAGCGCUGUCUCAGUGAUGAGAGUAUCCCAAAACUCGACCCUUAACCAUCACC